GUGGCGCGACCGCUGGACAUAUAAUAAGAUAGCGCUACAAUACUUUAUACAGAAUACGAGUAGUGUCAUGUGCGAGCGCGGCAUGGAGGUAUGAAGCCAACGGAAGGUCCACUUUGCAAACCAGUGUUCAUUCAUCGUUUCGACUUGUCGUUGUGACGAUUGACUCGGGGUUUGGCCGACGCCUCGUCGCUGUGAAUAUAUAAUCCACGUUUAAUCAUUUCGCGAGCAUAACUGGAAUCGGUAUCUCAAAGUCAAAACGCCUUACCUCGUUCCCGUCGGAAUAUUGACAUUUAGGCAUCUGUGAUAUAACAACCCUAGUAUCUUAUUAGCAGUUUUUAGGUUAAUCUAUUGCCGGUGAUACCAGUGCGGCGUUUUACUAAAUUUAGGCUUAGAUUCAUCCUGUUACCGUGUGAUUUAUUGUAAACUGUAUAUCCAAAAUGGAAUCCGCUAUGAGUUAUAACCUGGACAUUACGCCGAAUUAUUCGUACAUUUUUGAAUUUGAAAACGAGUUUAUACAUCAAAAUUCUAGGAAGUGGAUGACUGAGAACUGGACUGUCGCUUUCUAUUAUGUUGGGGUAUACAUGGCUUUUAUUUUUGGUGGUCAAUAUUACAUGCAGAAUAGACCAAGGUUCGAGCUUCGUCGAACGCUGAUUAUAUGGAACUGCCUGCUCGCUACCUUCAGUAUAAUGGGAGCUUGUCGUACGCUGCCAGAGUUCAUACACGUACUAAGGAACCACGGAUUCUACCACUCCAUUUGCGUGCCAAGUUUCAUCGAACAAGACAAGGUAUCGGGUUUCUGGACGUGGAUGUUCGUGCUGUCCAAGCUGCCGGAGCUGGGGGACACGGUGUUCAUAGUGCUCAGGAAGAAGCCGCUCAUCUUCCUCCACUGGUACCACCACAUCACAGUUCUGCUCUACACCUGGUUCUCCUUCACCGAGUACACUUCAUCGGCGAGGUGGUUCGUCGUUAUGAACUACUGUGUUCACAGUGUGAUGUACUCCUACUACGCGUUGGUCAGUAUGGGUAAGUAUCCGCCUAAGAUGCUAGCCAUGACGAUCACGGUGCUGCAGCUGACUCAGAUGAUCGUCGGCUGUGCUAUCAACGUGUCGGCUCACAACUACCUGUCCAAUGUGCCGCCUCGAGCGUGCGGCAUCAGCCAAAUCAACAUCAAGCUGUCAACGGCGAUGUACUUCUCGUACUUCGUGCUGUUCUCGCAGUUCUUCUACAAGGCAUACUUCUCGCCGAAAUCCGGCAAGAAGGCGAAGACCGAACCCAUACAGGACGUGCCCAAGGCGUCCAAGAAGGUCGAACCCAACAGUUAUCCCAGACAGAGGAAUGGUGUCGUGCACUAGUCGACAUUGUGAUAUAACUUAGUAUAGGCGCCGAUUUGACAAUUCUCGAUCACUUACUAAUGAACAAACAGGUACAUGUUACAUAGGACUUUAUUGUUGCUGCUCUCCCUCGCCUAUACCACAUCGGCCGAUUGUUUGGUUACACAUUAAACUGUUGUUUCAUAGAUUACAUGUUACCGAGGAUUUAUAGUUCCUUGUAAAGCUGGUUCGUUACCGGAAACUGAUAUUUUGUUCGUCACUACACUAUACAGGGGGUUCACGAAAUUAAAGAUUUUUAUUUUUUUUUGUUUAUGUGAAAUCGAAAAUUGUUAGAAAUCAGUGUCGCUGGCUUGAAGGGCGGUCGUCACGAGUUACAUUCCCUGCUUUAUUUGUAACGGUUUCUGCUGGGGUGUCUUCGGCUUCUAUAACGCUUCGGUGGAGAUCCGCCCUCAGCACUGCUUCUAUAUAUAUUGUGUCCAUAGGUUAUACAGAGGAAGGAGCGUGUGAGUCAAAUUAAUAGUAAUUGUUAUUGGGCCUGUCUGGACGUUUAAUAUACAGAUAAAUUAUUUUUGUUCGAUCCUUUAUAAACCUGAUACAAACUAAUUCUCUGUCACCACAAUCUAUGUAGGAGCGUAUAACUUUGUUAUCGUAUUUAUUACUUAAAAUAUAGUGAAUUUCUAAUGUAAUUUAUUUGUAAAGGGUAGUUUUAAAUGUACAGUUUAAAAGAUUGUGAUUUUCGUUUAAACCGUGGUAUAAGGAUAUACAGAUACACGUUUAUACUGAGGCCAACGAAACGAGAUAAAAAAUAUAAAUAAAAUAUAAUGCUAAUCUGAUAUAGAAGUCGCUUUUUUUAAUUUCAUUACAAUAUUAAGAUCACCAAGUUCAAAGUUGUGGUUCCACAUGAUUUCAAAUAUCUAUAUAUAUAUAUUUUUUAUUUCCAACUAUCAAAGAAUUCUUAUUCUCCAUGUUAACACUUAGUGAUGAUAAUAAUGUAAAUAAUUUAACAUUUUAUGCGACUAUCACAGUACCACGCUUCGUUAAACUUCGAAAAAACAUUAAAAAAAAAUAGUUUGUUUACAUUUUCUAUCUCGUUUCGUUGGCCCUAUUAAAGUCGAAUACACUUACCGUUCAAAGUCCAUACUCUGAACGCUUGUCAAACAAGUGCACAAAGUGUAAAAGUUAACUAGAUUUAUUUAUCAUAUAGUUGUAAGCGACUUUACAUUGGUUGUUAGCUUCUAUACAUUUAUUGAACCGCUUGUCCGACGGACGGCGUGUGAAGUGAAGCAAUAAUGCGAGCCUAUUGAAAUUAUGAUGGCAUAAUGUACAAAAUAUAGCGAUUUAACUGAGUGCACGCGUUCUGCGUGAGCGCGGAGUAAUGUCCGAUAAAUAAAUUCACUUACGAAUUGUAGUCGACGUAUAGAGUCUAGUUUAGGAUAUAUUUUUUUGUUAACCGUACGUUGAAACGCUAGAAACAUUAAACGUAGGUAUUUCAUUCGAGUGACCCGAUUAAAUCCUAUUCCUAAAUUAGUGUUUACAGAGAGUCGAGAGAGUACUAGUAUACUAAGUAGUACUAAAAGUUCAAAUUACGCCAUAAUGAAAAAUUUAAAGUGAACAUAUAGUGCAAAAUGAUUUUAAAAUAUGUACAUCGCUGAAGGAAUUUAUGUUUUUUAAUACAUUCGAUUAUAGAUAAGAACUAAUGUCGCUUCCACCAUCACCGAGGAUUUUUGGGGUUUGGGGCAAAUAGGAUGUAGUUUAGGCGAAGUCAAUUCAGACUAGAUGAAUACUAAGAAAACUAGCUAGUUCAGUCUAGACUUUGUUAUUUAGUACAAUAAUCGACCUAACUGGUCCACGAUAGGGUUUCCUUUUAACUGUAGAAGUAACUUUCAUCACGUGUCAGUACUAACACAUUGAUUAACCUAUCAUGUUUUAUGUCGUUCAAUGCAUAUUUUUAUCGAAGCCAAAUGUUAUGUCACUUGUGGUGAUCAUUUACUAUUGGGAUUUACCAGAAAAAUUAUAUGGCAAUGGCGAAGAACAAAAAAAUAAUUAGUGAAAUAUUUUCAUAUGCGGAUGUAAAAAUGUCGCCUCAUAAAAUAUAGGUUAAUAAAGCGACCGUCUGCUGGAGUCGUGGAGGACAUGUCGGGGUUUGAGGUAAUUCCGUCACAGAAACGCGUGGUUAUUUUACAGAACAUUUCAAUUUUAUAUUUUUUAAUUUAUAUACAAAGGUUUGCCUGGCGCUUGCACGUAUACUUUUUGAUAGCCUCAUAUAUAUUACUAUAAUUAAAGCACAUUACAAAAUCUUUUUCCGUAGCCAGCCUCCAUUAUUUUUUUUUUGAUUACUCUAUGUAAGGAGCGGACUAUUGACGUUUAUUAUUUUAUUUUAAUAUUCUUUGUCACUUUUUUUUAUUAGAUUUUUCUAGCUUCAGAUAAAUUAAUUACCAAAACUUGUCGAAGUAUUUCAUAAUAGUUAUAUAUUUUUGAAGAUAUUUUGAGACAACAUCUAUCGCAGGAGCUGUGUAACUGAUAUAUACAAAUAAAGCUAUUUAUUUAUUGUUCAGGACUAAAAGUGAGUUGUUCUUGCAAUAAUUAAUUUGUAUUUUCUGGGCAAAUAAAGCAUUCAUGCAUUA